AAGGAUUAUGGUCGAAAAGUAGAAAAGGAUUGCAAAUGACAUGUGGAAAUUGCAGUGCUGUAGGUCAUAAUCGAAGAAGAUGUCCCCUACUUCAAGAAGGAAGACAAGUUCUCCCAGAUGAACCAAUCUUGAUGCCAACUCUUGAAUUUGUUGCAUCUUCAAGUCGACAAACUAGCCAUCAAUCAAGUGAAGAAUUCAAUGAAGUUGCUGGUUCUUCAAAAUCAAAGAGAAAAAAUGUUUCAAAGGACAAAGUUGAUGCACUACCAAAGAGGUCUAAAAACGAUGGAAAAGAAAAAGUUAUUGCACCUUUGAUUGCAAUUGUUGAUCAGGAUGAAGUUGAAGACAGUAUUGAAUCUGAGGAUGAGAAUACAAUCCUUGCACCUAGAGUGAUAUCUGAAGAAAAAACUAGACUUCAAAUGAAGAAGAUGCUACAACAACCAAUUGGUUCAAGAAUGAUUAGUUUUAAGGGUGAUGAAAAUGGUGUUGUUGUCCCUACUAAUUUACCAUACUCACCAAAAAAGCUAACUUGGAAAGGCAAAGCAUGUGUGACCUCAAGUCAGUUGAAAAAAGACGAGGAAAAAAAGAUUGGCAAGCUUAAGGCAAAGAGGGGCAAACAUUAGAAAGUAGUUGCUAAGUAUUGGUUUAAAGAGUUUUUAUUUAGUAUGUAAUGGCACAAUGGAACUUCUUAAACUGCUAUUUUUGGAGGGGCAAGCAUUACAAAUUAGAUUGAUAAUGUUUUGUGGGCUGAAAAUAUUUUGUGACUUGAAAAUUUUAUG